CUCCAUUACCAAGCAAUUGAUUCAUUCUCAAUCUCAAUCUCAAUCUCUCAAUUCGCCUUCCUUCCUUUCUUUCUGUUCCCCAGUCUUACUGCUCAUUCAUUUUCUUCUUGUUUUUUCUGCAUUGCUCUUCGUGUUAUACUCUGUUUCCAUAUUUUCAGUUCAGUUACAGUUCAUUUUCCAUUACUCUUCUAACAAUGACGGAAUCUCAUCACGUGGUGGAGAUCCCGGUCGACGAUGAUGAGCAGAGGCAGCUCGUCGUCGUUGCAACGGCGAUCCAGAACCACCCGCUGACGGAGAUCUCCCGCAGCCCCGGCCACUUACUCCUCCUGAAGAUGUGGCAGAGGGAAGAGGAUCUCAGCGGGCGACGGAUCGCCACCAAGGAAUCGCGACUCGAUUCUAUCAAGCGGGAGAUCUUCCAGCUCUGCUCCUUCUUCCUGAUAUUCCACGGACUCUUCUUCACCAUCCUCUUUACUUCUUCUUCUGGAGAGAGGAAGUGCGGGAAAUGGUGGGUACCAGGGGUAGUUUCCUUGUGCACCUCACUCGUGUUUGUGUGGUUGGUGCAGGUCCAGCUGUACAGGUACUGGAAGGUGUGGAAGAAAGUGGGGAGGGAACGGUGCAACGGCCGCGUGGUGGCGAGGUGUAUUCAGGAACUAAGGAUGAAAGGAGGAAGCUUUGAGCUGGGGAUAGAUCCCUACUGCGCUGGUGGCAAGAAGACGAAGAGUUCGAGCGUGGAGAUUAAGUGGAAGCCGGUGACUUGGGUUUCUCAGAACUCAGUGGCAAUCGGUUUGUGCUGCUUUGCCGGAUUGGCCGUUUUGGCUUCGAGAUUAGUUAUUUGCGGCGGAUAUUAGUACAGCAGGGGAAAACUGAGGAAUCAUGGCGACAGAAGAUGAUGGUUCGAGGUAAAAUGAUUGAUUGAUUUAUUUGUUGAGAUAUUGUCGAGGUAGCCUGGUUUCAUUACCUUGAGGUGAAGAUCUGAUAUUGGAUUCUUCUGUAGUUGAAAUGUGCAGAUUUGUGUUGGUGACGAAUGAGGAUGGGAAGCAAGAAAAGAUAUAACACAUCGUGCACAAAAUGUGGUGCAGCGUAUGAUAGUCCGUUGCCAUAUGAAUGCAAAAGAAUUGGUCUAAUGGUUAUGCAUGCAACAAAUACUAUGACAGAACUCGGAGAUUGAGAUGACAGGAGGAAUGCAGCUACUACUAGUCUCAAGAGACUUGCCUACUUUGGGAACUUCAUGUACUUGUGCCACACACACUGCUUGUGUGAACUGCCAUUCUUUCUUUCAUUCAUCCAUCAAUAAAACUAACUACAUUCAUUCUUCCAAGCAACUGGGAUUUAAGAGCUUGUUGGUCAUAAUUAACUUGAUACUACUAC